GCGAAGUGCGGCCACACUGUGAUUUUAGUUGCACAUGCUUGAAUCUUUUUGUCAAUUUUAAAAGCAAAAAAGGCCAGAGCAAAGUGAAAAGUCGAACAAUUGAUAGUGUCUGUGUAUUAUUUUAAACAAGAAAAAAAGGAUUAUAAAGAAAAUUAUUUCCUAGCUGACGGCAGUAUCCAAUAAUCGACGACGCCCACAUUGUGUGUGUGAAUCAAUUCAAUUUUCUUGCAACAUUUCCAUGGAAAACUGUGCGGAAGGCUAGAAUUCUUAACGUGUAGCAUCGACAAUGGACCCCAAAAUGGAUAGCAAGAGGCCGGAGCUUGGCAUCAUGGGUCCACCGCCAACAGUGCCCCAUUCCAGCAACAGCAGGCCAGAUGCUCAUCCGCUGCCAGCGUCGUCGUCGUCGGCAAAUGCCAGAACUGCAGCACCGCCCAGGCGGAUAAUCAAGACGAUCAAUUUGGAUUUUAAGAAGCUCAAGGAAGCUGGGCUGGACAGGAAGCUGGCGGAGGUGUUGAGCAAGCAAAGUCCGGCUGCAAGGGCGGGAAUACCACAUUCGCCCAGUAGUAGCAGUUCUUCCUCUGUCGCUACGCAGUCUUCGUGUACGUCUGCGGCGACGAUGACGGCGGCAGCGGCGUCGGCAGAGGCAGCAUCAACCUCAUUGCACUCGCAACAUCAACAAUUGCAUCAGCCUGAAUUGCCGCAGACCGCAGUAAAGCGAAUUAAGAUCUCAGAUAGUAUGGAAAAAACAGUGCCCAUUCUAACGCCGCCGGUGGCCACAACGUCCUCCAACCUGGAGCGUACCAUGCACGUCAAGGCUAUGUUAAAAAACAGGAUUCUUAAUAAGUGCAUAAACACUUCCACCCAAAUACAGCAGCCAAAGCCAAUGCCAGCACCCAAGAUCCCUCCAACAGCUGCCCAGGGCUCCGCUCCUCGGAGUGGAGGAAGCAGCAAUGCAGCUACUGCUGCUCCCACUAGUGGAGCUUUCACCAUCCCCAAGGCCGAUCUGAGUGUGCGACCAAAACACCCACCAUUGCUGCUUAAUUUGGUGAAUCAAUUGCCCAAACACCGGACCAUGUGCAUGACCACCGAUGACAUAGAGUUGAGGAACCAGCAGGAGCUGCUUCAGCAAAAGGCUUUUGAAAGGCAUCCUCCUCCUCAACAGAAGCAGCCAAAAUAUCAGCCACAAUCUUUGCACAUUUCUAUGCAGAAAUCAUCACAAAAUACGCCACAUAUUCCCAUACAAAAUUCACUACAAAAUCAGACACAAUCUCCGAAAAUUUCUAUGCAGAAAUCCUCGCAAAACCCACAACAUAAUCCUAUCAAAAAUCCGCCCCAGGCUCCAACACCAAUUGCUGCAGCAAAUGAAUUGCUUUUGCCUCCUCCAGAGGCCUCAAUAAUUUCCCAGAAAAGUCCCUCGCCACCACCCUUGAUUGUGCUGGAAAACAAGGUAUUGGCUCCUAAUGAGAAGAUCGACUUGAGUAACUUGCGAUUGCCAAGCAAUACUAGUAUUGUGGCCACUAUCGUGAAGACGAAGGCACAACCCCUUGCCCAGACAAUCAUUAAGGGUGGCAAGGUUAUAAUGAAUGCCAGCAAGUUUAAGGUGCCGCGGGAAAAGCUAGCCGAGAUGGCCCAAGAGAUACGUAAUCAGGCCAAGCAGGUGAAACAGAACACACAACCGGAAGCAGCAGGGGAUUCUUCCACUGCAACCACAAAAAUACCUACUACUAUUCCUAAAGAAAUCGAUCCAAAACAGCAGGCAAGUUUUACUCAAUCCACUGUUGAAGCCACAGAUUUAACAAGCCUUACAUCGGGAAAACCUAAACCUAUGUCUUUAAAAAAUACAAAAAUGAAUACUGCUACAGCAUUGGAUCAAGAAGAGCUUCCUCAAGAUGAAAACACUGAAUCCAGCUAUAUGGACUCUUCUGUAAAUACUCCUGAACAAGAAACACCCAAAGUAGUGAUAAACACAGAGGCAAGCUUCUUGGACUUGCCCAUACACAUUUCUACUGACAGAGUACCAAAGGAGUUGAAUAAGUCGGCAGAUUUUGAACAAGAGAAACCUAAGAAACCCACUUCCACUUCAUCACAAGAGAUCCCUAAAUCAUCAGCGACUGCAGAAGCAUCAUCACCAGUUUCCAAAGUCCAAUCAGCUGUGGAUUUUAUAGCCCAACUAACUGCAGAGCAUUCCUUAGAUGAAAGCAGCUUCAUGGAGCUCUCGCCGGAAGAGCAAAGCUUGAAUGCUCUGUUUGGUGGCUCUUUUACUGGAGUGCCGACUCAAAAUGCAGAAAAGGAAAAGGAGCCGGCGGAGGAGGUAGGUUCCUUAAAAGUAACAAGAUCUUCUCCCAAGAAACUAUCAGAGGAGGAGGAACUACCCAUUGGUAAGAUUAUGAAAAUGGAUGAUAUGGAUAUACUGCAUGCCACUUUGGAUGUCAAAAGCGAUAGCACCAACAUACUACGCAUCAGUCCAAAUGCAAUUAAGCUAAGGAGCAGCGUGGAUCAGUCUGGUAUGGAGUUACCAGCGGCAACCUCAACAGAGAUUGCAGUUCCGACAACAAACGAGGAAACCCUUGUAGUUGCAACAUCAACUGAUAAAGGUGACCAAACAUCAGGGCCUGAUAUGUCCCAGAAACCUGUAGCUGAAGAAGCUUCAAAAGGGUCUCUGGAAAACCAGAUUAAACCAGUGACUGAUUCUGCUAAGGAAGUAAAUCCCCCAGCAAAACGACUCCCCCUAAGAUCCAAGAAAGCCAAAAUUAAUUUAGUGCAACGCAAUAAAAGGCCUAGCAUGCCAAAUAAGUUCUUGGAUUCAAAGAAAACCAAGCUAGACGGCGUCGUGGAAAGCGGUGAGGAGGCAACAACGGCGAUUAUGGAUCACAGUUUGCUGGAAGAGAUUCGUCCAAGUGCUGGCGUCCAAGGAAUCGAGGUGCCAACUAACGUAGAGCAGGAAGUCAGGGAGUCCGAAGGUGAGCAGCAAGGAGUCAGUCAGUCCAAAGAAGAUAAGGAGCAGCAGGGAGUCAGAAAGUCUAAAAAUGAUGAGGAGCGCCAGGAAGUUCGAGAAUCUAAAGAUGAUGAAGAGGGGCAGGAAGUCAGAAAAUCUAAAGCUGAUGAGGAAAACCAGGAAGUCCGAGAGUUUAAAGAAGUUGACGAGCACGAAGUCAGAGAUUCCAAAGAAGAUGAGCUGCAGAGAUUCAUAGAAUCCACAGAAGAUGAGCCCAAAAAAGCUUCCAACCCAGCAAAAGAUACAAAAACUAAAACCCAAACUGAUACCCAAAAUUCUGCUAAAUCCUCCAUAGAACGUGAUCUAACCCAGCUCUAUCAUCCACCUAAAAUGCCCAAAAUGAAAACCAAUAAAAAGAAUAAUAAUCAGGAAGCCCUGGAGCACACACAAACUGCAAAAGCACUAUCUAUAAUCGAGAUUCUUUCUCAAGAGCAACCGCCGCCGCAGGGCGAUGCUAAGUUGCCAUUCCGAAAGGAGUCGCCCACUGAAGUUAAUCUGCCGGAAUCCACGGGAAUACAAAAUUUAGUUACCCACCUGACAGCUGAGAGGGUGACACCACAGACCAAGAAAAAGCUAUCGACAUCUCCCCCCGAUUCAGGGGAAACAGCAAAAGGAAUGCCACGUAAGAAACGAAUGAAAACACGACCUGUUCUCAGCAAAAGAACUUCGGCAAGGAAACAGGAAGAAAUUGGUCCAGAGUUUCUACAUCCCAUUAGUCCGAAUGCUGGAGGAGGUCGCAUUCCCACCUCUAGCACCAGUGAUGAUGAUGGUACUGUGUUUCUGGGCUUUAAUAACAAAGAAGAGAAGCGUUCCAAGACUCCAGUGCGCAGCAAGCGAGUGCGGCAAAUGAGGAUCAAUGAAACCGACAUCAGUGACGAUGCUACUCCCGACUACGAUGAGACUGAGGAAGAGCAGCAGAAGCCAGUGGAUAAAGACAUUAUUAGUAGACGUAAAGAUCAGGUGUCUGACUCGGAUAGUAGUGAUUGUCCCAUGGAUUUCGGUGAUAAUCCCACUAACGAGGAUACAAGUCUUGAUACAACGCUAGUAUCAAUAGAAGCAGAAAGUUCGAAACAGAUAAAGUGGGAUGAUCUUAAAGGUGCAAGUAAAGAACCAAUCUUGGACGCAGCAAAUUUACCCGAACAACUAGAAGCUCUCAAUGAGCCAGAACAGUCGGAAACUGUGAUAAACGAAAUAGAUUUAACAGUUGAUUAUAGAAGAAGCAGCAGAAGCAGGAAGAGUUCAAGGAAACCAUCCCCCACAGCUAAAAAAAUUAAUUCAGAAGAGCCCUCUACAAGCAAAGGAGCUUUGAAAAUAAGUGAAGCUAAAGAGAAACUACUAACAAAACCUGGAUCUGUAGAAGGUUCGACUCCAAAGGCGGGCGUGCAAACCACAGUAGAAAAAGAGUACAACUUGGUAUCUAAUGAAAUACAGAAAGAGCUAAGAGAUGUGGAGGAGUCAGUAACAUCUACGAAAUCCGAAGGAAAGCGUAGAUCUCGCUCAAGUAAUGCCACUGACUCAAAUCAAGCUGAAGACUCUCAAAAAACUGAAAAUAACUCUGAACAAAAAGAAGACAAGUCUAAAAUUCCUGAAGCACAAAAAGAACCUGUAAAUACAAACGAAAAACGAAUAACUCGCACCGCCUUAGUUUCUAAAACUGUGAUAGAAAAAAAAGAAGAAAUUGUUUUAACAAAUUCUGAAAAUUCAAAUGAAAAGCGAGCCUCGAGACGCCAGACCAAAUCAAACUCCUCAACUUCUGAAAUUACUGAACUUGUUCCAAUUUCCAAACCAUCGGAACACAAUGAAGCCAUAAAAACCAGAGCAAGUCGUCAGUCUCGUAGUAGAACACCAGCUCAACCAAUUACCAAAUCAGACAAAACCGAUACAGACACAAAUACUCAAAGUGAACUGGAAGAACUUAAAGCUACCGAGGAACCUAGUUCCAGUAAAGAUGCAGGUAGUUUUAAGCGCCAGAUGCGGAAUAGAAAAUCAACUGUAGCUCUCGUGGCCAAAGAUGAGCUGAACUUGGAUAAAGAACUAAAAAAUACAGAUUCACAAAACCCACAGGAAGUUCAAGCUGCAGAGGAACCGGAACACAGCCUAAAUUCAAAGCGUAAGUCUCGCAGUAGAGUAACCAAAAUAACAGAUUCAGAUGUUGGUAAAAAGCAGAAAAACACAACAAGUCAAGUAGGAAGUCAGGAAGAAAAUAAAGCUGCAGAGAAACCGAAGACAGCUUUAACUUGCGAAGAAAAUAAAGUUUCAAACCCUAAAAAUGUUGAUGCCACAGAGGAUGAGGAAAAGCCUGGCAGUUCCAUAAAAUCCAAAAGGAAAAGGCAAUCCCGAAAUACACCAGUUUCCAGACUUGUUGCUGCCGAAGAGAUGGAGCCAACAGCAUCCUUAGCGGAUUCUCAACCCGCAGUGACCGCUGCUGAUGAUGUAGAGUCUCGCCUUAGUUCAGUUCCACAGGACAUAGAAGAUGAACCUGCUCCCUCAGCUCCAAAAAGGGGCAGGAAAAGCAGCCUAGCUAAACAGCCACAAAAUCCAAGCGAGACUUUGCUAACAGGAGAAGAAGAUGACACCGAAACUGCUGGUCCUUCAACAUCCAAUAGAAAAAGAAAGCGAGAUGCCGAUACAGAAUCAACUGAGGCCUCCAAAAAACCAAAGACUGAUCGUUUUGUUCCUCAGGGCUUUGAUAUACGCCUGCUCCUCAUCCGCCAACGGGAGCAGUUAGACAGUGACGAAGUCCUAACAGACGAGGGCAAGGGCCAAGGUCCGUUACAGUGCGGCUUGUGCCUGGCACGCUGCACCGCAAAGGAUUGGCAAACCCAUCUAGGAGAACAUUAUGGAGUGGGUUGGCGUGUCGGCGAGACACCAAACGUUACUCGCGCCUGGGUCUUAAAAACUAUGAAGCAGUAUAUUGAGAAAAGCGGCGAAAAGAUAACUUGCCGCCUCUGUCAACGACAAUUGGGUUCGCACACGGGUAUGGUUGUCCAUCUGGAGGGCUGUGGCAACAAGAAGCGCGUGGAGUGCGAUCUCUGCAAGAGAUCCUAUUCCAAGCUCUCCUUUCCCGUGCACAGGCAAUCCUGCUCGAGCCAGCAGAAGAGAAAAAUAGAAACUGGCAGCUCCUUCAAUCUCCGCCUGCUUCUCAUCCGGAAACGGGAGCAGCUGGACAGCGAAGAGGUUCUAACUGAGGAGGGCAAGGGCAACGGUCCGCUGCAAUGCGGCUUGUGCCUGGCACGCACCAACAAAGUAAAGUGGCAAAGCCAUUGUGAGGAACACUAUGGAAUCGGCUGGCUUGUCGGAGAAACACCAAAGAACGUCACACGCAGCGGAAUAAUGCUCAUGAUGAAAGCCUACCUGGAGGAAUCCAAAAAGAAGCUAGUAUGUCGGCUUUGUGACCAUCGACUGGGCUCUGCCUUGGGAAUGAUGCUGCAUGUGGAGAACUGCGGCAAUAAGCAGCGUGUCGAGUGCGAAAUCUGCCACCGAUCAUACACCGCACUCACGCUUCCAAGUCAUUUUCGGGUCUGCUCGAGGCGUCAGCAGUUAGCAGAGACAUCGAUGGUUAGGGCUGAGGAGCAGAAGAUAGAAGAUGCUGGCGAAAAGGUGUUUAGCAAUGCAGGACGCGCUAAAAGGAAGUCCACAAUCAAGGCUGAAACGAAGCUAAAAAAAAUAGGUGAACACACUUCCGGUAAAAACGAGUUCGAUGGCAGCGAUUCCUCCGAUUACGAUAUGGCAAAUGACAAGGAGUCAUCCGAGGAAUACGAUUCCGAGGGAGUUGAUUCCAAUGAAGACUCCAUUAGCGCCGAGCAGGAUGGCAGCGAUUGCGAGAAGUCUAAGCGCAGUAAAAAACGGACAUGUAAAAGACGCCAAGGGAAUCUCGGCGAACAAGCAGCAAAGCCUUUGUUCUUACGUGAAGAAACUGAAAAAUCUAGUUCAACCCAUAAAUGGAAAGAAUUCUUGCAAAUCAAUUAUUCAGAAAGUCCUUUGUAUUGCCACUUUAAGCCUGGCUACUCUACGCUGUCUCCGGAAGAUGCCCAUAGAUUGCUGCCCUCCAAAGAGUCAACAUCUGUACGCUAUGCUUAUGGCAAAGCAAGCCAGGACUCGGAUUGGCAACGUUUGGCACCUCUUGAAGGUUUCAACAAAGAAGGCGAAUAUGUGGGUUAUCUAGGUGGUCCGAUUAGACAGCUGGCCUGGGUGCCGUUGCCCUCAGAUACCACAGAUCAGUAUUUGCUAUGCUCCCUCCGAUCCAGAAUGAAAUCCUUUGCACGGCAUUCGAAACUAAAGCAAGAAGACGGCCUCUUGAUGUUGCUCAAAUGUACGGAGGGGUCCUCAAAUCAAAAAUCUUGGAACGUACGUCCCCAGCUUCAUUACGGAAUACGCGUGCCCAAUGGACCGGUUCAUAGCUUCGCCUUCUUGCCCAGCGGUGGCUACGACAAGGCCACAAAUCGUUUGGGCCUGUUGGCAGUGGCCCAUGCCACCAGUGAUGUCCACAUCUAUGCUUUGCCUCUGGAGCUCAAAGAUGAGGAGAAAAAUGACGAAAAUGUGGUUAUACAAUUGGAGAAUGUGAUUACUCUGAGUUUGGAUGUGGAUCAGCCGUCUGAUGAAGAUCAGUGCACAAAGAUCUGUUGGUCGGAGGCUUCCGGACACAAUUUCUUGGCCACCGGCUAUGCAAGUGGUCAUAUAGCCUUCUGGGACAUUGGCGAUAAGGAGAGCAUUAAUUGCUUCAGGCGGAAUAAAGAAGAAGUCUAUACUUUUGUGCCUUCAAAUACCCUAUAUUUGGGGGAGCGGAAUAUCCAAUUUAUGGAACUGCAUUACGAUUUGAACGGAACACGUUGGCUAGCGGUUGGCACUUUAGUGCGUAAAUUUCUGGUCUACGAUAUUUUGAACUUGUCGCAACCUACGACACUGAUGCAAAGCACCUGGAACAAUAUAUAUUUAGCCACAUUUACUUGGUCCCCUGUUAGCGAGGCGAUAGUCCUGAGCAGUACCCACUACAACUCGCGCGCUAUAUUGCUCAAUCCUGCGAGCAUUGAAUUCGAUUACCGAACCCUGGACAGCACCUUGACAGCGAGUCGUUCCAUGCACACGAAUUGCCAGCAGAAUUACAUGGUGUUGGUAACUGACAUUGGCGACUUGGCCUUCCUCGAUGCCAAGGCCAUUACGCGUGGGGUUCAUCUGUCCAAGACGAUGAUCAACUACCGGGCUGUAUCUACCACUAAAUUGCAACAUUUGGGCGAUGGGAAGCCGAAUCAAAAGGAUGUAAUCAGCGCAGAUGAAUUCCAUAGUGACUAUGGUGUGCAGAUUAAUCCUCUGGUCGAAGCGCAUCCGCAAUCUGCCCGAAACUGCCCAUACCUGGGGGAGAAGCGUCUCCCCAGCAAUCCUCACUCUCUGGCCCUAACCCGAAACAACUGCGUUCGCUGCAAUUGGAACUCCUCGGCAAACUCGUGGGUGGCCAUGGGCGCAGAACAUGGCCUGCUGCGCAUCCUCAACUUUGAGCGAAAUAAAUUCUUCUAAAGAAUUAAAUCUGGCAUCUGAACAAGCACCAUCUGAGAUUAUAAAAUAUUUUUUUACUUCCUAAUCCAUAGUAAUAGUAAUUAUAGAAAACGGACUGGCUGAGGGAGAGUUAAGCUAUGUAUUUCGUUACUUUUAAUUUAUUUUUUUAGCUGUUGGA